AUGAUGCCCCACGGAGCCAUAAACCGCGACUCAGCACUCACGAAAUCGGGAGAUGGCGAACCAAGCCACUUGUCCCGUCCAGACUUAAUUAGCCGCAAGCUGCCGCCGCCAUUUGGCGUCGCUUCGUCCUUCGGCCCCAUCAGUCCUCCUCCUUUGAAGAGAAAUUCUCUGUCUGCUCCCCCUGCGCCGCUGGAUCCCUGCACAAGUGAGGUCAAUAGUGAGACCACCGGCGAGUGGGCUCCUCAAACGCUCCCUGAUCGCGCGUCCUGGCCCUUGGCAGACCGCGUUGCUGAACAUGCGCCAGCGGUGCCAAAACAAUCUGGUGACGCAUCAAACACCAGAUCGGUGGGCAAUAUGACGCCCCCUUCAGCAACGACCCCGUCGCGAGAGCGUCAGCAGCAGCCAGAAGUAGUCCAGACUCCCACGGCUCGAACUGUGCCUAUAACAGAGUGGACUGUCCAGAAACUCGCCAAUCGACUCAGAACGUUCAAUCAAGAGGUUCGAAGUGACCAUUCUCAGCUUGUCGCGCACGCCAUUGAGUCGGCAAAGUGUAGAGAAUGGCGCACGCAUCACGGGUUGGACCUCUUUCGGAACCUUCAUCCUCACCCGAAUCCAGAAAUCAAGGACAAACAAGUCAAAAUCAGAUUCAAGCACAGCAAAAACAAGAAGGAUUAUCGGGAUUUCCGUUACAAUGUGGUCUGCAUUAAAACUAACAAGGACGCUGUUCCAUCUUAUCGGUUCCAUCAUGUGGAAAUCAAGAAGAAUGUCUUGAUGCCCAACACCAUGUUGACGUUUGUUCCCCAUUUACGAGAUCUUGAGGGGUCUGAAGAGGCCAAGUACAACCUCUGGCUUAAAGAGCUGGAGGAUAUUGAUCUCAAAUCGGGGUUCAAGCCCAUGAAUCGUGACGAGAAACAUGUGGCAAUCAUCCAAGCCGAGCGCGCUGCAGCUCUAUCUCUAUACUUGGACAUGUGGCUCAAAGAGCUCAAUAUAUCAUUCUGCAACAAGUCCACUCUCGUCAAAUAUAUGAAAACCCAAUCUGAGGACUCCAUGACUCCUCGACAAAAAGCGGAUCUUUUCAAAUCCAAUAGCGACGACAAUGCCUUAACGCCAGAAGCGCAUUUGGCCGCCGACAUGUUUCAUGAUGCAUUCCAACUGGUCUUUAAGGAAAAUCAAGUGGACUAUAAGCAGGUUGAACUACGAAAAGUCUUGUUUAUUGAUGGAUCUAUUGAUGGCGCCAUGGACAACAAAACUGCAGCCAAAGAAGUCACCGCUACUCAGCAAGAUAACGAAGACGAAAUUGCCGAAUCCAAUUUGGCCACGUAUUGUAUUCUGGGUUGUCUCAUUUGCUUUAGCCAUUCUUGCGAUCAUGGCGAGUAUGACAUCAAAAACUGGAAGCGCACGUUUUCCUUGUCAUCCAACGCACCUUUGUCGGACAUUCUGCAGAGGAAACGGAUAGCAGCGGCUGGAGCAAAUAGUAUUGCAAAUGACCCUUGCGAACGGAGAUGCUAUCGCCUGAAACUCCCUCCCGACCCGACUGCAUUAACGAAACCGUGGUCUGAAGAUGAACGCAUUCUUUUGCGCUCUUUGUACGUCACGACGGAUUUCAGCAAAACUAAAUUAGACCCUAUCUGCCUGGCCACCGAAUUUUUAAAUCGAAACUGCGAUGAAGUGUACGCAGAAUUUCAGUCAUUACACAUCAGCGUACCUGAACUGGAACCCAUGGAACCUCCUCGGCCGCGGAACAUUUCAUGGUAUGAUCGCAAGCGGAAGAUGCUCCUGGGAGAUUGGCAAGAUCAUACAAUCACUCACGAACAUCAGCGGCGAGAGUUGCUGGAACCCUGCUCCCAUGACGGCCCAUGUGCUCCAAAAAUAUGUCCCUGUGUAGAUGCGGGGGUUUUGUGCGAGAGAUUCUGCGGCUGUACCGAGGCGAAUUGUUCUUAUAAAUUCACGGGCUGCGCCUGUCAUUCUCAAGGCAAAUCAUGUCUCACCAAGCCCUGCAUAUGCGUUCAACUCAACCGCGAAUGUGAUCCGCAAUUGUGUGGUUCAUGCGGCGCUUUCGAACGCGCUGAUCCUGCAAACGCGGACGAUUAUUACCUGCACUCUACAGGAUGUCAGAACUGCGAUUUACAGCGUGGUCGACACAAGACUGUUCUUCUCGGGCAAAGUCAGCUCGAAGGAGUUGGCUAUGGACUCUUCACUGCCGAGGAUAUUCUCCAAGACGAAUUUAUUGUUGAGUACGUGGGGGAGCUGAUCACCCACGAUGAGGGUGUCCGCCGAGAGGCAAGACGGGGCGACGUAUUUGACGAAGAUUCCAACAUAUCAUACGUUUUUACCCUACUUGAAAACGAGGGCAUAUGGGUUGAUGCUGCUAUUUAUGGCAAUCUGAGCCGAUAUAUCAACCAUGCUUCAGAACAUGACAGACAAGGGUGCAACAUUACUCCGCGAAUUCUCUAUGUCAACGGCGAAUAUCGAAUUAAAUUUACGGCUUUGAGAGAUAUCAAGGCCGGGGAGGAGCUCUUUUUCAAUUAUGGAGAAAAUUUUCCGAAUCUUACCAAGAAACUUCUUGAUCACAAAUCCGGAGAAAAACCAAAGGUGCCCAGAAAGGCUGGUCGGCCGAAACGUGCCGAAACAAGUGAUCGAGUGGCGCGGAAAGUGCCCAAAAUAGAACACAAAACAGCGGGAAGGCCACCAAAAUCGAAAAAGAACAAGCAAACCACAUCAAGGCCGGUGGGAAGACCAGCAACAAAAAAGCCAGCAGUAAAGGCAAGAGAGAUUUCGGCAAUCUCGGAUGAUGAUUCCGCAGCUGUCAGGCGAAUGAUUGAAGAAUCUCAUUCCCGCAAGCGAAAGCGCCACCAUAUAACUGACUCUGAGGAGGAGGAAUAUCAGCCAACAGGUACAGAGGUGGCAUCACUUGCUGAAUCUGGUCUUGACUCCGAGGCUCUUGACUCAAAGCGGCUUCGGAAAACAACAAGAUCGCAGAGAGUCAAGGAGCAGGUCACGCCUACAAAGCCACCGGUAGCAGCAGACGAACCAAAGCCGCGUAGCAAGCGAGGAGGAGCUCGACCUGGCAGCGGGCGGCCUAGGAAGCAUCCUCGAAUCGUCCCAAAGCCAAAUAGGGCGUCUGUUGAGUCUUCUCAGCCUCCCCAACUUAGCCAAGCCGCGUCUCAGGAGUCUCGAUCCGAACCAGAAUCGUUUAUUCACGCUUCUACCAUCACACCUACGCCUAUGUCUACUCCAUCAGCAACACCCAAAUACACCAGGGCAAGCCGAGGGCAUGAACCUGAAGACGCGAUUGAAAUUGAGGAUAGCGAAGACCAAGAUGUAGUAUUGAGGAGCAGGACGUCUCGGAACAGACGUCUACCUGCUAAAUUCAGAGACGAUGAAUCAUUUUAA